GCCUUGAUAAAUUGGAUUUGAAUCGUCUGUUAAAAUUCACAGUGAAAAUUAAAGCAAGUGGAUAAACUGGCUGGUAAAUUUUGACAGGCGCUUAAGUUAAUAAAAUAAACGGAAGUUGAGUUUAGUUGUAAACUUAAACUUAAACGGCUGUUAAAGUUGCCUGUCUAUAAAGCACGUUGAUAAACUGGCCGGUAAAUUUUGCCAGGCGGUUUAAUUAACAGAACUUCACAAACUGAAGUUGAUCUGAAUUGUUUACUUUGAUAAACCGACUGUUAAAGCUCCCCAGCGAAAUGAACGUAAAUGCAUUUUGAUUACCCAAAUAAUGAGAAUCGCAGCCAAAAUGUUACUCAUUAUUUGUUAUGAUAUUUUUUGGUCUGAUAAAACUCACUCAUGGACUUCUAAUAUGGCAUUUUGUUGUGACUUAUGCCCUGAUUUGUUUGUGCAAUCAAAUUGCGGGCAUGUUAUCAGCUUGAUGGAUUGGCUCCGGACUAGGCUAAUGGGCGCUUAAUGAUGUGGGCCCCGUCAGUUAUGAACGGCUAUCCACUCGCACUGCUGGCCUGCUGGACUCUUGGGGUCGGCGGCAGCCAUAUACUGGGCGUGUUUGUGGGCGUACAUCGGUCGCAGCUGCUCGUCCAUUUGGCGGUGGCCCGUGUGCUCCUUCAGCGUGGACACCAGCUGACCCUGGUCACCACAUUGCCACUGGAGGAUGAGUAUGACUGGCUGGCUGCGAACAUUACACACUUUCUGGUGCCGUGGGAGUUGCCGAAGGAGCAGCAGCUGCUGCCCGAACCCAAUUUCGUGAGUCGCCUGCAAUGGACGCUCGCCCGCCUGGAGCUCUCCGGUCAGCUGCUGGAACAGCCUGCUUGGCUGCAGUUUAUGCAUGCCACGCCCACAACGCCUUAUGAUCUGCUGCUGCUCGGCUACCAUUUCAACGAUCAUCUGCUGGGCGUGGCAGCACAUUUCGACGGUCCCGUGGCCAUAAUAAGUACACAGCAGCCGAUUGGCUUUGUCCACAGCCUGCUGGGCAAUCCCGAGGAACGUUCGUAUGUGACCCAACCUUAUGACAGUCAGCAAAGAACUGGACUCGCCGGCUGCAUUUUUGGCCUAUGGGAGAAGUUAUCGGAGCUGCUCGCCAGGCGCGUCAUGCAAAGAAUUUACAGCGCCCACUUUCCCCCGCCCCGCUAUCCCAGCUUUGAGGCAAUGCGUCGUCGCGUGGUUCUCGCUCUGAACAACCAUCAUAUGAUCAGCGAGGGUCCCAUUGGGCCGCUGCUGCCCGGCAUGCUAGACAUUGGCGGUAUUGUGGUGGAGCAGACGACCAGAGCAAUGCACCUGGAAGCUGACAGGCCCUUCAUCCUCUUUAGCCUGGGCACGCGUUUCAGCUGGCGCACCUCGCCCGCGCACUUGGAGCACAGCAUUGUGGAGGCGUUUGGUCAGCUGCCGGACUAUGAUAUCUACUGGACCUACGAUGGAGCACAUGCCAGCGAGAUUUGCUCGGCGCAUCCGCACAUCAAGCUUGCCAGGUGGUGGCCACAGGCGCAGCUGCUGGCUCAACCGCACGCCCGGCUCUUCAUCACGCACGGCGGCAAGGGCAGCCUCAGCGAGGCGCUCUACCAUGGCGUUCCUCUGCUGGGCCUGCCUCUGCUCGGAGAUCAGCGUCCGAAUCUGCAAAAAAUGCAGGCCAAGGGCUGGGGCCUGACCCUGCAGCUGGCCAAUGUAACCCAAGCGGAGCUGUUGGGCGCCAUCAAAAGGCUGCUCCUUGAGGACAGUUUCAGGCAGAGCAUACGCAGAAAGUCCCAGCUCUAUAGGGAUCGUCCUCUGAAUGCCAGCGCGCUGACUGCCUACUGGCUGGAGUAUGUGAUUAGGCAUAAAGGAGCCCAGCAUCUGGCUGGCAACGCCCGCCAUUUGAACUUCUGGCAACGCCAACUGCUCGACGUUCGGAUCGUCGUCUAUGGCAGCCUGGGCUUGCUGGUCGCGGCGGCCCUUUGGCUGAACCGACGCCUGGAUCGGGCCAUAGAGUAGACACAUCUGCGAUCGCUGACUAGCUGUAUCGUUUAAUCGUAAUUAAUAUAUAGAUUAUUUAUAAUAAGUUUAGAGCUGAAGCUUAAACGCGAAACUUAAGUACAAUUGAAUGUUAGUUGGUUUCAAUACUUUUUGCUCGGCAUUUCCGAAUCCGAAACUUUUUUUUUAAAUGUUUUCAAAUAUCGUUACAAUGGCAGUUCAUGCCCCCAGAAGCAUCUACUGUAAAGGGGCUUAACUCCUAAGAAAAUGCUUUUUAAAUUUAAUUUACAGUGUAUGCUGAAUGAAAAGAAAAGUUUAUAUUUAAGGACAAUAUUU